CAAUUAUAUCGCAUUUUCAGGUUUUAAUACAUACUCAGUACGUAGUACUGGUAUGGUAUAAUUCUUAAUUGCGAUGUACUGAACAGUAUGCAGUAUAGGUACAGUGAUUGUACGCUGUAUCGUAAUAUCAUGUAUCCUUUUUGUACUGAUAUCGUAUGGUUUAGUGACCCUAUAAUAAGAGUCUGGCCACGCGGUCCUGCUUGUUGAUUGGUCCGCCAUUUAUGCAUUCUUCGAUAAAGUUCGGAAGUAUUUGUGUGUUCUCGUCUAUUCACACAAUAAUAAAUAUGAUUGGAUGCUCAGCACCAUUUUGCAACAACUCUACUGCCAAAGGAUAUAUUGUAAAGAUUUUUCCAAAAAAUCCUGAACGUCGGGCACAAUGGGUUGCAAACAUGAAUGUCGAAAACUGGAUACCAAACAACCGUUCAUAUUUAUGCGAGGUGCAUUUUUCUCCAGAAAUGUGGGAGCAAAGGCGUGAUAAAAAACCGAAGUUGAAACUGAAUGCAGUGCCAACAAUUUUUGGAUAUUGGCUAAAAGAAAAAACAUUUAAACGAACUGAAGACAAGGCGCCUUUAACACAUUCAGUACAAAAUGAAACGAUUUGCGAUAAAGGACAAAGCACUACAGACCACUGUUUAGUUGAAUCUACGAUUCGCGAUGAAGGACAAAGCACUACAGAUCAAUGUUCAGGUGAAUCUACGAUUCGCGAUGAAGGACGAAGCACUAGAGACAAAGAGCAACUGUCACUUUUCACAAAAAACACACAAAAUUAUGUACUUUGUACUGUAAUAUUAAUAAUAAAUUCGAAUAUCUAUCUUGAAAACUCUUUCUCUUUUAACAUGGAAUUAUUUAUCUUUUAUUAUUUGACGAAGGUUCCAUACUACAAUUAUAAUCUUAGAAAACAUCGACGAAAACUACAUAUUAUACAAUUAGAUCACAUCAAUUAUCUGGAAUUGUUUUAUAAUAAUUAUUUUAAGAAAAGAUUUGUAAUAUUAAAAUACAGCUUUAUUCAUGAAUUAUGUAAGGAAAAUAGGUUAAGGACAAUUGUGCGCAUGCGUCAAUCGAGUGAGACGGUGAGCUUGUAUUGCUCUCUUUCUCGUGUGCUUUUAUGCAUAAAUGGCGACUCUCACCGCCAGACUCUUAUUAUAGGGUCACUAGUACGGUUACGCCUACACUGCCAUCUCGUGACAGUACAGUAGCAGUACGGUAACAGUAUCUCGUGCGGUAAUCGCGCGCUUGGCUAUCUGAGUUUCCGUUGAGUGUUCGCCGAGAUACAACGUUUUGCGUGUCGUGUGUUAUUUGCGGUUGUCAUAACGCACCGUCUCACAAUGCAGCAAUAAUUCGCCAGUUUUUAGCGAAAAAAACUGUUACUGCUACACCAUCCACAGUACUCGCCGGAUUUGACACCGGCGGAUUACUUUUUGUUUCCAAAGCUGAAAUUAAAGCUAAAAGGACAAUUCGAUGAUAUCAAGACGAUCCAAGAUAACGUAACGAGGGAAAUACGAAGCAACAGAUUUCCAGCACGCUCUGGAGCGGCUGGCGGAGCGCGCCGAGCGAUGUAUACCUAACUUUAUACAAUGGUCAUAUGUAGAAGAAUAAUUAGUAAUAAAAAUUUUUUAUCAUACUUUCUGUUUUGUUUAUGAGCUGAGUCCUAAAACUUUUUAAUCACACUGUGUAUAUCUACAAAAUGUGACGUGCUGAAGAAGUUUAAUUGCAAAAUAAAGUAUUGUAAGGUUUUUUCCAAACCUUUUGUAGAGAGAUAGGAUGGCGAGUCCGAGCUUGUAGUCUUCUUCUCUACUGAUACGAACAGCGUUCCGCUGUCAAGGCACGUGAGGAAUUGGGUUUAAGGGGGUCUUCUAGUCUAGAAGUCGAAUUUUUAUAUUAUUUUUGCGAAUUUUUUAAUAAAAAUUAUAAGGAUUUUUGGAACAGGGUUUUUUCUUGCAUAUUGAUACAUAUUUGAAGUUUUUUUCAAAAUUUUUAAAUUGCAAAAUAAUUAUAAAUAAGCACUGUACAGUAGAUUGAAUGGGAUGAUGACAAAAAAAAAGUUAGUUCACGGCUCCCACGAUUCCGGUUGUUCUACUCAUCUGAAACAAAAAAACCAAAGAGAUUCUUAAUUAGUAUGAGUGUGG